AUGGACUUUGAUCACUUUGUCGGCCUUUGUGGCCGAUCGCUCUUUACGGAUGAGUAUCGUGGGGACUUGGAUGCUGCCGGAGACUAUCUGCAGCAGACGAAACCCGAAAUCUCCGAGGUGGACCCUGCUGUCUACGCCGAGCACCUUCGUUGUUCAGCCAUAUAUUCAGUACUGAUCGGCAGACCAGCGGAUGCAUAUGCAAGUCUCGAAGUCUUGGAAAGUCUUCUACCUCAAAUACCUAAGGAAUGGGGGCUGCGAUACACCAACUACAAAGCAUUAACCGACUACAGCCGGCGCUAUCCCCCGUUAUUACAUUUCUAUCAUGAAAAUGGGAAGCCAGUCAACAUUUCCAUGCUGGGCGACAUCAGCGGUCCGUUUAAGAUCACAGAAAGCUUUAUGAGCAAUUUUACCACGCAUGUACCUCACAGUGUACCCCGUGACCAAGCAUUGAGUCCGAUGUUGAAUACUGUUAUCGGAUUCCCGAUGCGAUCAAGGAAUCUAACCAACAAACUUCACCCUCUCAGCCCUAUAGGCCGGGCAGUUGCCUCGAGAGAGGACAUAGUCCCCGAGGUCGUUGAGGUUGCCCAACCUUUCCUCGAUUUUCGCGAUACGGCUGAUUCCUACGGGGUGACUGGAAUGGGGACAUUCAUGUUUCGACUGGUCGUUGAAUUGCAUCUUGCAAGCGAAAGUCCUCAAUCAGCUGCACUCUUGCAAGAACUGUACGAAAGAUGCGAAAGAUUCGAAGAUUACUCUGGGAUGGCGAAUACCAAGAUGCUGGAAGCGGACAGUUUGAUCAGCCCUCCGUUUGCCAGCCCUGUCACGCUGAAUCUGGUUAUUGUCGACGUGACCAACUGCACUCAGAGCGAUACUCUUUGGGAUCCCAUUGAAUCGGACCUCACAUAUGAAUAUGGACCCCGGGUUCAAGAGCUUUACGAGUCUGCCCUCGAUCUUUUCCAAAAAGUGAACAACAAGCGCGGCCAGGCGGCUGUUUUACUUCGACAAGGCUGUUGUCUGCAUAAUAAGGCCCGUCAGGAACGGCUCUUGCACAAACAGGUGCUCGAUAUACUCGGAGAGUCCGAACUCAAACUGCAAGAAUCUCUCAAAUUGUUUGGCAAGGAUGAAGCGAAUGCUCAACUUGUCAAGGCACACUUGAUAUUGACACGAAUUACGAGAGGAAACCCGGGUAGCAUCAAGGCGAUCGCCAAGUCAAUUGGCAUAUGGGGCGUUGAAGCGAAAAACGAGAUCAUGGCUCAUUUUAUUGGAAUGCUCUUAUCUAGAUACGCACAUCAAGAAUGGUUCAAAUUUUCAAACAUGGACGCCGCACUGCUAGCGUGGGAGUGUGCAUACGAAGUGUACGAGCCACUGGGUGACAUGAUACCCAUGUUUCAAUCCGUGGCAUCCCGAGCGUGUGUACAACACGAGAUGUUCAACGCCGAUGCAUCCCAGAUCUUCAUCGAGGAAGCGAUAUCCAUGGUUGAGAGACUUUCCGAGUUUAUGGAUUCGAAGAUCCACUCCGCGCCGGACACGCCUUUGGGCCAGAUGGACCGUAAGACUCUGAUGACGAGCAAGUUCAAUAUACUCUGGACAUUCAGCAGAGAAGUGAACAACAUUUUCAUUAGGAGUGAGAAUCUUGAGAAAUUUGAAGAAUGGACCGAUAAACUCCGUUUCUGGAUUGAGAAUGAUGAGAGUUUCCGCUCAUUCCGUGAAAGAAUGGAAAAUGAGGAGCUUGCGCAAUUAACCCAACCCGGUCUUUCGUUGCCGUUGAACAAAGUGAAGGGCCUGUGGCGAAGAACUUUGGCCGACGAUGCAGCCACAGUGAGAUUCGCCUCUGCAGAUUUCCUUUUCCGUCGACUGAUGGAUGAAGGCGACAUUGUGAAGGCCGAGGACAGGCUUCGCCAUUUUGUGAACGAUGCCACGGAGUUAGAAAGCGGGUAUUGCAGAGAUCUCUUCCGCAUCCUGGCGUGUGAGCGCAUAGGAGAUGCUGCGAGAGCCCGUGAAAUCUUUGACUCUAUCGAUGACAAUGAGUUGUUCAACGAUAGACUCGCCGAGUUUCAACAAGGGAUUGGCGUUCGAGUUAUAUUUUCCUCGACUGCCGAGAACGCUCUCACAUUUGCUAUAUUCGCAGGCGACAAGGAACGAGCCCGUCGAGUUGUUGAUAUCAUCAUAGGUAUCUGGCCUUCUUUCUUUGAAAAGAUGAGUGAGAGUGCGCUUGACUUUGCCCAACGAAUCAGUUGUUAUGCGCAUAUCAUGAGAGAUGAGGAGCCUGAAAUCUGCUUUGCCAAACUCCUCGAGGCUCGCCAAAUUCUCGAGACCCGUCGAAUUCAGACGAAAGACCUGGAUGCUCGAAUCGGCAGUUCCAGCCAGGGCUGGAGUGCAGAGAUGUUUAUGGAUCUCGCGCGUCUGUGUUUCAAGUGGGACGAGGCAGGGGUUCCAGUCAGCUUCAUCUCAAAAUUUAAACAUGGUCAUUUUGACAAUAUUUCAUGGUUUGAACAUGCUCUACUAUUUAUCGAGAUUAGCAGAGCAAGGGCAGUGCUCGAGUCUCUACAGUCACAAACCGUUCAAGCGCCUGGAAUUCCCAACGUUCCUGAUACUGCCCCUCUUUCAGAAGCUGUUCACAAAAGACGGCUUUUACGGUCACUACUUGCUUUGAGGAACUUGAACCCAGAGCAGGAAAAGGAGGUUUCACAGCUGCGCAACGAUAUUGAUGAGUUGGAAAAAGAUGGAAAUCUCUCCAAUGCGAUGACCUUCAUCGAGACUGUCAAUUCCACUAUCGAACCAAGGCUGUUGUAUCGAAGCAUCGAUGAGAAUGCCGUGGUGAUAGAGACAAAUUUCAGUCCCCGUGGAUUCAUUUCAUUUGCAGUGACUCGGGACGGCAUUCAAAAGAUACAUCAAGGGACGACCAACGUGGUUGGUAUGCGGAGACCCGUAAUGAAGGUAUUGCAUCUAAUGCGAAAUAUGACUGGAUACCUUGGAAAAGAAGAGGAAGCACGCAAGACGGCUCUUAACAAGCUGUCCCAGGAAAUCUCUGCCAUAUUACUGGCACCAUUCACAGAGAUUAUCCGCAGCAAGUCGCACGUCAUUUUCUCCAUGUCUGAUCCUAUGACGGCGUUCCCAUUUGCAAGUCUCGUGUUUGAUGGGAAGCCACUCAUCAUGCACGCCGCGGUCUCGCAAGUACCCAGCCUGACUGUACUGCAUCACCUCUCACAGAGAAAGUCAGCUUCGAUGACCCCAACGGUAUCGGUUCUUGCUAAAUCACCGACUGAGGCUGCACUCGAGGACGCAACCCGAAGCAACAAAGAGGUCAACCUCCACAUGGCAGGAAUCGAAGCUGUCAAUAUCGCCCGCAUGUUUGCAACAUGGCCGAUCGAGGCAUCCAACAUGACCCGAGACGACUUCCGAGAAUACGUCAAAGGUGGUUCCUUGAUUAUGCACAUCGGAACUCAUGGAGAUGUCAACUACCGCAAUCCUCUGCUUUCAUCAAUUUCGAUCGGCGACGGUCAAGAAUUCCGAGUAAUCGACAUGUCUGCCAUCCGCAGCAGCGUCCAUCUCCUCGUCUUCGCGGCAUGUCUUAGUGGACUCGGUAAAUCGACCUUUGGCAGUGAAGUCCUGGGAUUCUCCCAUGUGGUCUUGAGUACUGGCUGCCAGGCAUACAUCGGGUCUCUUUGGAAAGUGAGCGACUUCGGAUCCAUGCUGAUUAUGACGCUAUUCUAUCGCCAUUUGAGUAGUAUGCCACACCUCCCCGUGGCAGAGCUAAUGAGAAAGGCCCAGAUGGAUCUUUUACAGCUCGAUAGUGAAAAGGCAGGUAUGCUUUUGGACGGAAUGCUGGAGAAUUGGACUUCUACGGAAGUAGGGGGCCGUAGUCCGGCCGAGUUUGUGCCUGAUGCGGAAUUUCUGCUUUUCACCUUGAAGAUGAUUAUUGACCAGUUGGACUGGUCGAGUCCAUUCUACUGGGCGCCGUUUACGCUGGUCGGACACCAAAAUCACGGCACGUUCCCUUUGCUUCUCUUUUCCUCCUCCUCCUCCUCCCUUAGGGGAAUCCGUUCGUUCCUCCUCAAAACGGCGUCCUUUGCGAUCCCUUAUCCUCAAUCGAGGGAAGUCAACUUCAAUUUCUCUCGCUUUCCCCCCGGCCCAAAUUCCCAUCGCCGCCCUUUUGGAUCUCGCGGAGCCAGCGGCCGCGCCCCCGUGGAGGCGACUCCGUCCUUCACUCGCGCACAGCGACGAGAGUGUGUUCCCCUCGCGGGCCCGUCGUUCCCUGCCAUCAUCCGCCCCCCGGCCGUUCGUCUCGCCAACCCCGUCAAUCACGUCCCUCGCAUCACCCCAAUCACCGUCCCGCCCCACCGCUCCGACGAGAGUCUCCCCCUCAGCCUUCAACGCGACGCAUAUCCUCUGCUCACCGUCCCCGAGCGCCGACGCAGUCGCCUCACCCCAUCUCCUACCUCGCCGACGAGCUUGAUCGUCGAACGCAGUCAGGGAGAGACCGAAAGCGGGCGCACGAGCAUCGCAUUACCCCAGCGACACCGGCGCAGCGAACAAUUAUCCCCAACAGAGAUGGCGGCAGCAUUCGCUGGCAGCGCGGCCAACGACGUCGAGAACCUGCGGCCCCCCGAAGAAGUCCAUCUCGCCCACGAUGGCACCCGUUGUCGCGACGACGACCGACCGCGCCAUGCCCAAUCCCAAACAUCUCUCCGAUCCCAAUCUCAAAUCGCAUCCGUCCCUUCAAACACCGGCCAAGCCCCUCCCGACGUCGCUGACGAACUGGCCUGGGGCCCCGCGCACCCCUGUUUCCCUCACUUCAACCCUCACGUUCCUAUCGGCUCGGAAGAAUACCUUACAACGCGAGUCAUUCGCAUUCGCCGUGACUGGAUGAUCAAGGGCGAUUUGGCGCCGACCUUCUCCAACCUGUACCCCGAGAUCUUGGAUCCAUUGCUUUCAGAGCAAGACUUCCGCCAAGUGAUUGCUACCGUCAAUGAUGGCCUUAUCAAGGCAUUUGACCCCUUCAGCUUGCGAAAUUGGUUUGACGGAGCAAUUGGCCUCCUUACCGGCUGGAUCUGGGACGAUCUAAACGCACCGGGAAUCAAGGGCCAACUACAACAUGUAGAGUCCUGGCUUGAGAACUGGAACCGUGAAGUCGGCGCCAAGGACGGUGUGUAUAUCUGGAGUCUGCGCCGGACUGCGUACAUGUCCCUCGACAUUCAGAUUCCAGACCCCAAGGUCGGCAUUGUACCGAGUGAGGGUCCAUCCAUGCCGAAUACCAGGCCCAGCACUGGUGUUGGGCCAGGAAAUUGA